AUGCUCUGUCUCUGGCGUAGAGCAUAUCUGGCUCUCGCAUUCUCCGCGUUGGCCGCUGUAGGCGUCAGCCCAAGUUCAUUUCUUGGAGACAGCCUUAUACGACACAAUCCAGUUCAAAAUGUUCUUGAACACGAGUCUGUUCGUGGAGAACCACUUUGUCAGCAUUCGACAACUGGUCCGAUAGAAACUACCUUAUGUGAUUACGAGACGAUAGAGAGUGUGAAUGGGGAACUAUAUAGUGUGCUCAGCGAGUUAGUGCAGAUGCCAUUCUUCAAGUAUUUCCAGGCGGACCUCUAUCGUGAAUGCCCUUUCUGGCAAGAGAAUGGGUUCUGUAUGAAUAGGGAAUGUGGUAUCACUACAGUAGAUGAGAGUGAGAUACCAGAGCGGUGGAGAGCGGCUGCUCUGAGUAAGAUAGAAUUGCCACCUUUGGAAGAGCGUGUCCUUCUACCUGGAUGCUAUUAUCGCGAUUCUGAUUUUUGUUUUCUUGAUGAUAUGACAGAGGGUGAAUACGUCGACCUGACGCUAGUCCCCGAGCGUUAUACGGGUUACUCAGGUCCUUCUGCGCAUCGGGUCUGGAAAUCGAUAUACGAGGAAAAUUGCUUCGGCCUUUCAGAGCUGAACUUGUUGACUACUCGUUCUCCCGCACAAGUCACACUUCCUGAUACCCUUACCGAUGUCUUACGAGAGCCUAUUAACGGAGAAAACGCAGAUGGCGAAUGUCUUGAGAAGAGAGUGUAUUACAAGAUUAUAUCUGGGUUGCAUGCAUCUAUCUCAACUCAUAUCUGCCUGGAAUACCUUAAUCAAACAACCGGAGAGAUGGGCCCUAAUCUCGAAUGCUUCGUCACCCGCAUCGCCUCUCACCCUGAGAGACUUCAAUAUAUUUACUUCAACACUGUGCUCCUCCUACGCGCUGUAUCACGCAUUGGUCCGUACCUACGUGACUAUGACUAUUGUUCAAUGUCUAUGCCCACGUCUCACGACCACGUGCUCCCGGAAGACAUCCAGGAGGAAGCCAAAACACUUGGGACUCUUAGCAAAGUCAUCGAUAUUGCAGAGCAUGUCGGUAAGUUUGACGAACGGGUAUUGUUCAGAGGCGAAAACGCGAACAUCUUGAAAGAAGAGUUCAAAAUGCACUUCCGAAAUGUUUCGAGGAUCAUGGACUGCGUUGGAUGUGACAAGUGCCGUUUAUGGGGCAAAGUACAAACUAUCGGACUCGCAACCGCGCUCAAAAUUCUCUUUGAGAUGGAUGAGACUGCUCUUGAUCCGCAUAAAAAUCAUCAUCAUCUACAGCGGUCGGAAGUCGUCGCCCUUAUUAAUACUCUACAUCGCUUCAGCGAGAGCUUGCAGGCCGUGGAAAUCUUCCGAGAUAUGUGGAAGAAGACUGCCGAAUCCGAUGCCAACCACCUAAUUGAAGAGGCUGAAAGGGCUGUUGUUGGCAAUCCACGGAAGUCACCUCCACAUGAAUCAACUCCUAGAAAAUCGCAUACUCCUCAUUCACCCUCUCCUUCACCCUCAAACACAAUAUCCCUGGAAACGAUGCAGCGCUACCUCCAACGAUUAGUAUGGAGGUGCAAAAAACACACCCUGUCUUGCUUUAGCAUAUUUUUGCAGGUAUGGCAGCAGUUACAUAAUGCCAUGUUUCCGUUGCGGACAGAGCUAUGA